AUGAAGCCCCAGAGCGUCCAAAUCCCAGGGCUGACGCUGCUGAACAACCUGGCGCCCCAUGCGAUUGCGCCGACUUCUGAGGGCAGCCUCAUCAGUCCUGCGGCUCCCCAGCCGCCCGCCAAGGCGCCGUAUGUGCUGCCACGAAAACAAAAGGAGAAUAAAAAGGCAAAGGCAAGGAGGGCGUUGGCAGAGGCACAGGCACAAGCUGCCAUGAGCCGCAUGGCGCAAGAUGCUGCUCCUGCUCCCGUCUCUGGCCAGCAUGGUGCCUACAACUUCAACUAUUUCGAUUUAAGCAACGCCAACGCCAACUUCAUGAACCUCCCUCCCAACAACUUCCACAACUCCAACAACUUCAUCGCCAGACCCCCUCCGGCCGGGCCCCGAUUCCCUCCCAAGAACCUCCCUCAAGACGGCCGCGUCGCCCCCAGCAAAGCAUCCGGCGGCAUCCCCGACCCUACACCUCUCUACAUCGCCCAGUCCCUCUCGCUCCCGUCCUCCCUCCGCAACCCGCGCCGCAUCCUCGUCAUCAUGGACCUCAACGGCACGCUGCUCUACCGCCCCAACAAGCGCAACCCCUUCAACUUCAUCCAGCGGCCCCACGCCCGCGAGUUCCUCGACUACUGCGUCGACACCUUCCACGUCGCAAUCUGGUCCUCGGCCCGCCCCGAAAACGUCGACAAGAUGGUCGGACAGCUGCUCUCCCCCCAGCAGCGCGCAAAGUGCCUCGUCAUCUGGGGCCGCGACAAGUUCGGCCUCUCACCAGCCGACUACUCCGCCCGCGUCCAGUGCUACAAGCGCCUAUCCAGCAUCUGGAACGACCCCAACGUUGUCGCCUCUCACCCCGCCGCCGCCCAGGGCCAGCGCUGGGACCAGACGAACACCGUCCUCGUCGACGACUCGGCCGAAAAGGGCCGUAGUGAGCCCUACAACAUCCUCCAGCUCCCCGAGUUUGAGGGUCUCGCCAACGAACCUCCCAACGUGCUGCCGCAGGUCCACGACUACCUCAAUACCCUCUGCUAUCAGACCAACAUCAGCAGCUACAUACGAGAUCGCCCUUUUAUGAUCGACUCAACCUAUAGCUUACCGCCGCCGCCAGACUUCCAUAUGGCAUAG